GAUACUGUUGGGAUAGCGUACCAAGUUGUGUCACAAAAUAAUAACAAAUCAUUGGAAGAAGAUGACGAUUCUACCCUUGGCAAUUCUCAGCUAUCUGGAAAGAAAAAACGUAGAUCAUUUCUGGCUGUAGGAUUAGACAUAGAGCCGUACAGAAAAAAACCUAAGAUGUUAACAAGAAUAAUGCUUCCACUAGAUGACCAGAGAAGGGCGUCAGAACCCCUUUCAUAUAUCAAAGCACGCAUGUACGAUACCUUGUGGAUGAUGGAUUUUUAUUUUUCACCCGACACUACACCAAUGUGGGUUGGCUGGAAUUCUAUAAUUUUUCAAAAUACCAACAAUCUGCAAAAAGUUUGGUACCUGCCACAAAUUAAUCAGUCUCCAACUUCUAUAGCUGUAGUAGCAGAAACAUUGAGGCGUGCACAGGUGAUUGCGAAUGAAUGUGGUAAAAAAAACAUUUCAGUAACAUAUGAUCUUGCGAUUGCCAAAGUGGCUAUGCAACUUCAAGCAGAAGAAUCUCCAAAGUUUGACAAUAUAUUUGUCGCUCUAGGUGCAUUCCAUGUAGAGAUGGCCAUGUUUAGCGCAUCUGGCAAGUACAUCGCUGAAUCUGGUGGUCCGCAUAUCCUAAAUGAAGCUGGUGUGAUUGAAAAAGGUUCUCUCAAGUCAUUUUUACUGGGAAAGUGUUACAAGAGAAGUAAAAGAUGUCACCAAAUACUUGCACUUGCAAUGGAGAUUCUUCAUUUUCAAUAUUUUCUUCAAGAAAGAGAGGAAAUUCAAUUAAAAGAAGAUAUCCAAGAAGAAAUCAAGUUCAUAAAAUCCCAAGAACCCUUGAACUUGCAUGAAGGACAUGAAGUAUCCAAAGAAGUCAACAAUGUCUUGCGUGAAUACAGUCAAUUCAGGCAAGAUACAGAGAAAGGAAAUCAUGGUGCAACAGCACAAUAUUGGAUGGGGUACGUCGAGAUGAUUCGACUUUACCAUGAUUUUAGUAGAAGCUUGAGGGAUGGAAACUUUGAUCUGUAUGUGUGCUGCUUGCCUAAAGUCGCAAACUAUUUCUUUAGCAUGAACCAUCCAAAUUACGCUCGUUGGAUUGUCCGUUAUCAUGAUAAUCUUCUCAAACUAAAGGACUCUCAUCCCGAGGUUUACACUGAAUUUCAAAGGGGAUUAUUUUCGCUGCGAAGAACCCAAAAGUCAUUCUCAAGAUUACCAAUCGACUUGACAUUAGAGCAAACGAUAAAUGCAGAUGCUGCAUGUCAGCGAAAAGGUAUAUCAGCUUUAACAAAUUCUAUUUCUGCUCGUCAACGAUGGGCACAAAGUCAUUCUAUUCGAACAAGUAUUGUGUCAUACGUGUUUGAAAAUUUGGGGAUGACAAAACAGGAAGACGUGUCUCAAGAUUUAAAGGCCAGCAGAAUGCGACAAAAUUCUAAAGAUUUACAUCAAGUUAUAAACAUGGUCAAGGAAACCAUGAAUCCAUUUAACGAUGCUAUUGAAAAACAAUAUCUUUUUAAUAUAGCAUCAGGAAAAGCAGCCUCACCAGACACAACAAAGUUUUUGCUCAACAUCGUUAGUGUUGGAAGCAAAGCACGUGAUAAAUUUAUUGACGAAUGUUCUAAAGAUCCAGCAAGAUUCGAAAAACCUAUACGAAGACAAACAUUACACACAUUUGCAACUGGGGGAACGAAGUAUAAUAUUAAAGCUGCUGACAACAAAGUGGUUGCUGUAACGAUGAUGAGAGAUUUGUUUGGUAGCAUCUUGUACCAUUCGCUACAAAGGAAAAUUGAUAUGGCAGAGGUACUGAAGUAUCCUCUAACACCUGUCCCUUUAUCUCUUGGACAUGUUGAUGGCAAAAUGCAAAAGACCCCUAAAGUCAAAUUAUUGAACGAGUUAGAAGCAAAAGUAAAAACUGACGAUCCAAAUCGCGUCGAUGUUAACAUAAUUGAUGGAAUGUUUUUCCUACAUCUUUUUGUUGACCUUCCAGCAACAUUUGGAGCUCUGGCAACAUUCAUUUUGAAACGCGUUUGUGCUAGCAAGGGAAACAUCAUACAUUUUGUUCUAGACAAAAUGGUACACCCGAGUAUCAAGGAUUGUGAAAGGGAUUUGCGAUGUACUGAGAGACAUGGAGCUUAUCAGAUAACUGGACCUGAGCAAAAAAGACCUUCAAACUGGUUGAAUGCAUUGAGAAAUGAUCACUUCAAAGCAGCAUUGGUGGAGUUCUUAGCCUUCUUUUGGGAAAACAACAUGCAUUCAACAGUACUUGGAAACAAAACAGUCAUAAUGAAUCGCAAUGAUACCUGCUACAUGUUUAGAGUUGAAGGAGAGAUCGUGGUCAAAACCGAGAUCGUUAAAUUGUUUUCAACUCAUGAAGAAGCUGAUUCCAGAAUUUUGUACCACCUAUCUUCGAUUCAAACACCAGCAAACGUUGUGAUAAGAACCAUAGAUACUGACGUGCUGAUAAUUGCUCUUGGCUGCCUUAGUAAGUUACCUAACAGCUUGAAUAUUUGGAUGGAAACCGGUGUUUACACUAAAAAUACAUUAAGGUACAUAAGUAUUAAUCAAAUAUACCAGAAAUUGGGCAAAAAUAUUUGCAUGGCCUUGCCAGCAUACCAUGCUUUCACUGGAUGUGACUAUACAGCAUCGUUUAGUAGGAAAGGAAAAAUUCGACCUUUCAAACUACUAGAAAAAAAUGAAAGUGUGCAAGAUGUAUUUAAACAGCUAGGAACAAAUCUUGAUGUCACAGAUGACGCUUUUGCAACGUUGGAAAAAUUUGUAUGCAGCAUGUAUGGAAAAAGGAAUCUAUCAUCUGUAGAUGAAGCUAGGUUGGUAAUGUUUUUGGAAAAGUAUAAACCAAAAGGAGAAAAUGAAGCAAUUUCCUGUGUUAAAAAGUUUGAUGGAAGUUCUCUACCACCUUGUUUACGAGUGUUGCGUCAAAAGAUUUAUCGAACAAAGUAUGUUGCACAGUUAUGGAUGUCAUCAAUAACGUCCGAGCCUCCAAAUCACCUUCCUGAAGACAUGGGUUGGCUGCUGAAAGAUGGCAGCUAUAUCAUUAAGUGGUACGAAGGCGAAAUGUCUCCAAAAGCAGUAGAUGUCACCAGCAAUGAAAAUUAUUAUGGAUUCUCCAGAGAAGUAGAAGAUUUUGAAGGGUUUGAUGAACUGUCAAGUGAUGACGAUUCAGACAGUGAUGACGAAACUAGUGACGAAGACGUGUAAUGAUAAUUUAAGAUGCUGAUGCAGAACAAUAUCAAUCAUGCUGCUAUAACCUAUUGUACAUAUUUAUAUUUUAUUAAAUGCUAUCAGAGCAUUU